AUACCUUUUGCAAAUUGAGCUCGCGCAUCGACAAGAAAACCAGGUCUCGCCAUGGCAACGAAGUAGGUAUAAAUUGUUAGCAGGACAACAAGAAUGGCUGCUGAAUGCAUUGGUGCACCGUUUUUUCGAUACAGAUUUCCCGAUGUUGUUUCAAUACAACCUGAAAAAAGUGAUGUUGUAUGGGUAAACAGACGCUACACUCCAACAGAUCUUAGAGUCACAACUCCAGUUCAGCGAUGGAAAUUUCUAGUCCAGCCAAUACCAGAGAACUUGAGUAGCAUCCCAAAAGCAUGGCGUUACCAAGUUGACGCACCUUCUGAGUACCAUGCUCGUGACAAAGAAGAAUCAAGAUUACUGCCUUAUUCUCAUGCAACAAGAUGUGAAGAAUGGUCAACACUAAGACAAAUUCUUCCCUCUCGGGGCUACAUUAACAAGGUUGCUUCUCCAAGAUGGGGCACUGGUCCACCGAACAGAAAUUUCAACUAUAUGAAAGAAGCACCAAGUCGGUUUCCUCAUAUCAACAGCCCCAUGACCAGAUAUGUUGAUGACAUGCAUGUAAACCACAGAAAGUUCAAACUUCAUUAGGAUUGCUUGCAAAAUCCUUUUAAAAAUAGUUAUUGUAUUAUAU